UCGGCAUUUCCAUUGAAUAAAAUGAACCUGGAUCGUCUGAGGAAGCGAGUCCGGCAGUACAUAGAGCAGCAACAAUACCAAAGUGCACUCUUUUGGGCAGAUAAAGUUGCUUCAUUGUCACAUGAAGAGCCACAGGAUAUUUAUUGGCUGGCACAAUGUCUCUACCUAACUGCUCAGUAUCAUAGGGCAUCUCAUGCUUUAAGGUCACGCAAACUGGACAAAGUACACGAGGCAUGCAGAUAUCUUGCAGCACGUUGUCAUUAUGCUGCAAAAGAGUACCAGCAAGCUCUGGAUAUACUUGAUAUGGAAGAACCAAUCAACAAGAAAUUAUUUGAGAAGAGUCUGAAAGAAGAUCUGAAGGAGCCAUCAGGAGAAUGGCAGAUGUCACAGUCUUCUAUCAAAAGCUCCAUUUGCCUUUUGCGAGGGAAAAUCUAUGAUGCCUUAGAUAACAGAACUUUAGCAACUUACAGCUACAAAGAAGCCUUGAAGUUUGAUGUUUACUGCUUUGAAGCAUUUGACCUCUUAACAGCCCAUCAUAUGUUAACAGCACAAGAAGAAAAAGAACUUCUUGAUUCUCUACCUCUUAGUAAAAAGUGCUCAGAAGAUCAGGAAUUGCUUCGUUUCCUCUAUGAGAACAAAUUAAAAAAGUACAAUAAGCCAAGUGAGACUCUAAUUCCGGAAUCUGCAGAUGGACUUCAGGAAAAUCUUGAUGUUGUUGUAUCUUUAGCGGAAAGACAUUAUUACAACUGUGACUUUAAAAUGUGCUACAAACUUACUUCAGUGGUUAUGGAAAAAGACCCUUUCCAUGCAAAUUGUUUACCUGUUCAUAUUGGCACUUUAGUAGAACUGAACAAAGCAAAUGAACUUUUCUAUCUUUCCCAUAAAUUAGUGGAUUUAUAUCCAAACAAUCCUGUGUCCUGGUUUGCAGUGGGUUGUUAUUAUCUCAUGGUUGGUCACAAAAAUGAACAUGCCCGGAGGUAUCUCAGCAAAGCAACUGCAUUAGAACGAAGCUAUGGCCCUGCAUGGAUAGCAUAUGGACAUUCAUUUGCUGUAGAAAGUGAACAUGACCAGGCUAUGGCUGCAUACUUUACAGCUGCUCAGCUAAUGAAAGGGUGCCAUUUGCCGAUGCUCUAUAUUGGAUUAGAAUAUGGCUUGACCAAUAACUCAAAACUAGCAGAGCGAUUUUUUAGCCAAGCUUUGAGUAUUGCUCCUGAGGACCCAUUUGUUAUGCAUGAAGUUGGGGUUGUGGCAUUUCAAAAUGGAGACUGGAAGACUGCUGAGAAAUGGUUCUUGGAUGCUUUAGAAAAAAUCCGAGUCAUUGGAGAUGAGGUAACUGUGGAUAAAUGGGAGCCACUGCUUAAUAAUCUGGGUCAUGUACUAAGAAAACUGAAGAAGUAUGAUGAAGCCUUGGAGUAUCAUCGGCAAGCUCUGGUGCUUAUACCACAGAAUGCUUCCACUUACUCUGCCAUUGGAUAUAUACACAGCCUAAUGGGAAAUUUUGAGAGCGCUAUCGAUUAUUUUCACACUGCCCUUGGUCUCAGGAGAGAUGAUACAUUUUCCGUUACAAUGCUUGGACACUGCAUAGAAAUGUAUAUUGGUGACUCUGACGCCUAUAUUGGAACUGAAAUUAAAGACAAGUUAAGGUGUUAUGACUUUGAUGUCCACACAAUGAAAACCCUGAAAAAUAUAAUUUCACCCCCCUGGGAAGAAAGAGAAUUUGAUUUUGAACGUCAGUCCCUUGAUGAAAGCGGCAUUAUGGCUUUGGAGACUUCUAAUCUUCUACCAAAAUCCUCUGACACCAGAUCCCCAAUAGAAGAAGCACUUGAAAUUGAAAUGAACGAGAGUGAUAUGAUGCUGGAAACCUCCAUGUCUGAUCACAGCACAUGAGUCUAGCAGUUGUUCAGAUAUGGUCACAUUGCACUGCGCAAGGCUCCUCUUGAGGAUAAUUUCCGCUUCUCUGGGGGAAGUUAUGGAAGAAAAAGAUACAACUUCUUACCUUAACUCGUACCCUGAUGUGCACAGAUGACUCCUCUGGCAAUGGAAAACAUUAAGUUCUCAAAGUGUUUCCCAUUUUACUGUUAAAUAUAGGAAGCAUACAUUUCAUAGUUUUUUUUUUAACAUUUUAAUGUAUUCAUGAUCAGCCAUUAUGAUUGUAUAAACUAUCACAAAAUAAACCACAUGUCUAAAGGUUAAGCAUGUGAGGAUCAACA